AAGCCAAACACACUCACACAAGCACACACACACAUACACCUUACGCGCCCUACAUAUAGCAAGGACCAAAAAGAACAUGAAAGACCGCCAGUCCCAGCGCAAUUCGCAUCCGCUUGCAAGUCAAAAAGCAAAAACUACGCGUCGUUGCGAGUCAUCCUGAUCCGAUUCCUAUACGGCUAAUUAAGGCACCGCUGAAAUGCUCUUCUUGGCAAGCGCAUUUUGUUAUGGCACAAGAUCCGAUCCGCGCACGUGAUCGGUGCAGCAAAUGCGAAACGAAACCACCACCAGAGCGUUUCGAGAAUCUUCCCACUACACACACCAACACACUCACACUACUCGUCAAUCCUUGAAGAGAGACGUUGGUAGGGAAAGCCCCGAGGUCCCUUGUUUGAGUUCGUUCGCGCUGCUUUCACACUAGGUCCCUCUAGUGGCAUAAAAACGUCCUUCCCGCGUGUCCCUUAUAUGCACAAAUGAAGAGUGGUACUCAACUUUUGCUACCAGAUGGCGCUAGUUUAUUUGGUGUUUUACUUUUGUUUAGUAUUGUCUACUUCGUUUCCGUACCGUUGCUUGCAGUAAUGAUUGUUUUUUGAAUACUUUGAAACAUUUGACACGUACUUUGUAACUUUAUGAUAGAUCUAUCAUUAAUUUUAUUUUGUAGUGUAUAUUUUAUAUGUUUAAUGUUUUCGUUCUUUCUUUCAACCGUCUGCUCUUGUCAUGAUGUUUAAUCGAUCGUUUUUUCUUAAUUACUUUCAUAUUACUCUUCUUCCUUCUUGUUCCUUUUUCUUUCACCCUAUAGAUCUUAUCCUGUCCGAGUUUUUCUAGCUGGCUUCUCUGUUGUCUGUCCUCACCAAAGUACCGUCGUUCUUGUUCUAGUGCUUGCCCUGUGACAAACAAACAAACAAUAGCCAGACGAUUGUGUAGUGCCCGUGUUCAGUACCAGUAGUGCGAAACUGUCCUGGCGAAACCGUUCGUCUGACACUUUUAUUUUACCGCCUGUUGCAUUCUAGUCCCUUCUUCUUCCCAUCUCCACCCGCCCUCGGAUCCCUCUUGAAUGCUCGCAUUCUGCUGCCGCUGCCGCCCUACUGCCUCCCCCCGUCGCACAGAUAAUGGCAGUUGAUGGAAUGGUGGACAAUGUAGCUUCUGCUAGCACAGCCCCUUCCCUCACACGUACACAUACAGACAGACAAGAAGCACGCGGACACACGGCGCUAGGAAAGAAACAAAUGUGCUCAGGCCAAGAAUGAGGAAAGCAAACCCCGCUAUGUAUAAAGUAAAGAAAGAAGAGAUAAGGUUAGAUAUUAUAGGCAUUCUAAAGCGAAAAACAGGCACGAUAGCAAACGUGGCGAAACAUUGUAAUAUAGGCUAACUGAAAAAGGCAUACCGAAUCCUCCCCCAAAGAAAAAAAAAAUAACUCUCCCUCACGCCUACUUCGCUCCAAAAACACCCGUCUCAAAUAAAAGCGAGAGAGCGAAAGGAAUGCUCGGUGGAUUGGUUGCUUAAGCAAAGCUAGAAACAUUAUUUCGCAUAAUACAAACGGGGAGGGGUGCAUGAACGAAUACAGCUGCAUUGCAAUUUUGGUAACAAAGAUGGCGCCGACAAACAAACGCAAAUGGAUGCAAAUCGGGGUUGGUUUUGCUGUGCUGUACACCCCAAACCAGACACACACAGAGACACGCAAUAGUAUGACGUUUGAUUGUGCCAAAAUGUGACCAGAACUGAACGUACCUCUCAGCAACAUACGGACAUACGGAUCCCGUUGAUGAUCCCGAUAUCAUGGGGU